AUGGCACAGCUGAAGGAACUGACGAUGGAGACAGAGAUGACUUUGAAGGAGGUCAUGGACCUCAUCUUUGAGAGGGCCAUGCUGAGGCCAAACUCAUCUGCGCUCUAUGCCAAGAUGUGCUGCUGUCUCUCAAACGUCCAAGUCCCUACCACAGCUGACCCAACAGCCGCUGUCAGCUUCCAAACAUUUCUUAUCAGACGCUGCCAGGCUGAAUUUGAAGAAAACCAUGGCAGAAAUGACAUUUUUCAGAGGAGGCAGAGAUUGCUGGAGACUGCCAAGGAUGAAGAAGAGCUCGAGCGACUCAAGAAAGUUCUGGAUAAUGCCAAAGCUUCCCGUCGCUCAGUCAACACCAUCAAGUUUAUCGGGGAGCUCUUCAGAUCCAACAUUCUGAGCGCGGCUGUCAUGCACGGCUGUAUCACGACACUCUUACAGAACAGGGAUGAGGAGUCUCUGGAGUGCCUGUGCGAGCUCCUCAGGAUCGUCGGCAAGGAUCUGGAGGUGGUCACAGCAAAGCGGGUCAUGGACUUGUACUUUGCCAGAAUGGAUGAAAUUCAAAAGGACGGGAAGAAUUCGUCCACGGUUUCCUUCAUGCUGAAGAAUACAGUUGACCUACGACAGAGAAACUGGUUGCCUGAGACGGCUCUCACCAGCGAGAAUAAUGAGAGCACUGAGAGUCAGUCCUCAACCGUGCAGACAGCUGGUCCUACAACAUCCUCAGGAGAAACUGGCUGCAGAGUUCCUCAGACCAGGAAUGUAGCCUCAGGCUCUGCCGCCUGGCCUGAGCUCACUGUGGCCAAAAAGUCACAGCUGAAUAUACACAAAAUUGAGAAAAGAAGCGGCCAGCUACAACCAGAGGAAAAAGAGAGCGGCCCCACUGGCUCUCCCCCUGCUAAACCCUUGCCCACCAAGAAUGACAACAACCGGAGGAUGAGGAAGGUGGCCAAGAAGGGGGAGCUUAAACGUAAAGCUCCCUCUGAGGAAGCUGAGGAGGCCCAGCAGGUCAAGCCCAAGGACGUCAUCAGCUGUGUCAAAACUAUUGUCAACAGGCUGACUCCUGAAAACUUUCAGGAUUUGAUGGCACAGCUGAAGGAACUGACGAUGGAGACAGAGAUGACUUUGAAGGAGGUCAUGGACCUCAUCUUUGAGAGGGCCAUGCUGAGGCCAAACUCAUCUGCGCUCUAUGCCAAGAUGUGCUGCUGUCUCUCAAACGUCCAAGUCCCUACCACAGCUGACCCAACAGCCGCUGUCAGCUUCCAAACUUUUCUUAUCAGACGCUGCCAGGCUGAAUUUGAAGAAAACCAUGGCAGAAAUGACAUUUUUCAGAGGAGGCAGAGAUUGCUGGAGACUGCCAAGGAUGAAGAAGAGCUCGAGCGACUCAAGAAAGUUCUGGAUAAUGCCAAAGCUUCCCGUCGCUCAGUCAACACCAUCAAGUUUAUCGGGGAGCUCUUCAGAUCCAACAUUCUGAGCGCGGCUGUCAUGCACGGCUGUAUCACGACACUCUUACAGAACAGGGAUGAGGAGUCUCUGGAGUGCCUGUGCGAGCUCCUCGGGAUCGUCGGCAAGGAUCUGGAGGUGGUCACAGCAAAGCGGGUCAUGGACUUGUACUUUGCCAGAAUGGAUGGAAUUCAAAAGGACGGGAAGAAUUCGUCCACGGUUUCCUUCAUGCUGAAGAAUACAGUGGACCUACGACAGAGAAACUGGUUGCCUGAGACGGAUCUCACCAGCGAGAAUAAUGAGAGCACUGAGAGUCAGUCCUCAGCCGUGCCAGCUGGUCCUAUAACAUCCUCAGGAGAAACUGGCUGCAGAGUUCCUCAGACCAGGAAUGUAGCCUCAGGCUCUGCCGCCUGGCCUGAGCUCACUGUGGCCGAAAAGUCAGAGCUGAAUAUGGACAAAAGUGAGAAAAGAAGCGGCCAGCUACAACCAGAGGAAAAGAGAGCGGCCCCACUGGCUCUCCCCCUGCUAAACCCUUGCCCACCGAGCAUGACAACAACCGGAGGAUGA